CUGGAUUCCCGCUGCUGUAUUGACACGUCACGAAGGUCAGGAACAAACUGAUGGAAAAAUGGCGUCCACCUACAACACCUUCAAUCUGCACACAACCCCUGAGAAGUUCUACAUCGAAGCCUGUGAUGAUGGUGUCGGAGACGUCCUCGCCAUUGACAGGGUGUCCACAGAAAUGACCCUUACAGUAAGGAAGGACGUCCCUCCUUCAGCGGUGACUCGACCAAUAUGUGGCAUCAUGGGGACCAUACGGCUGGUGGCAGGCAUGUAUCUCAUCGUUAUUACGAAGAAGAAGAAAGUGGGUGACCUGUUUGGCCACGCGAUCUGGAAAGCGGCUGACUUUGACAUCAUUUCAUACAAGAAGACUGUUCUGCAUCUGACUGAUAGUCAGAUGCAAGACGACAAAGCCUUCCUGUCCAUGAUCAACAGCGUCCUGAAUACAGACGGUUUCUACUUUGCCACGGACUACGACCUGACGCACACACUACAGCGCCUGGCCAACACCAGCCCAGAGUUUCAGGAGAUGACCUUACUGGAGCGGGCGGAUCAGAGAUUUGUGUGGAACGGUCACCUUCUCAGAGAAUUCAUGGCACAGCCUGAGCUACACAAAUUCGUCUACCCGGUUGUUCACGGCUUCAUCACUAUGAAGUCGUGUUGCAUCAACGGCAAAGUCUUUGACUGGAUCAUCAUUUCCAGGAGGAGCUGCUUCCGCGCUGGCGUCCGCUAUUACGUCAGAGGUAUCGACUCUGAGGGUCACGCGGCCAACUUUGUUGAGACAGAACAGAUUGUUCAAUAUAAUGGAGGAAAAGCAUCAUUUGUUCAGACUCGAGGCUCCAUCCCGUUCUACUGGUCUCAGAGACCGAACCUCAAGUACAAACCAAAACCACAGAUCAGCAAAAGCAUCAAUCACCUCGAUGGUUUCCAGAGACAUUUCGACUCUCAGAUCAUCACGUAUGGCAAACAAGUGAUUCUGAACCUGAUUAAUCAGAAAGGCUCAGAAAAGCCGCUGGAACAGGCCUUUGCAAAGAUGGUGGACAGUCUGGGCAACGGCAUGGUCAAGUACAUCGCGUUUGACUUUCACAUGGAGUGCAGCCGUAUGAGGUGGCAUCGCCUGCAGAUCCUGGUGGACACGGUGGCGGAAAUGCAGGAUGAGUUUGGCUACUUCCUGGUGGAUUCAGACGGAUCGGUCCAAAAGCAGCAGGACGGGACGUUCCGAAGCAAUUGCAUGGACUGUCUGGACCGAACCAACGUCAUCCAGAGUCUGCUGGCCCGUCGCUCGCUGCAGUCACAGUUAGAGAGGAUGGGAGUUUUACAUGUGGGGCAGCGGAUUGAAGAACAGGCGGAUUUUGAAAAAAUAUACAAGAAUGCAUGGGCGGAUAAUGCCAAUGCGUGUGCCAAACAGUACGCUGGCACUGGAGCCCUGAAGACUGAUUUCACUCGGACAGGAAAGAGAACCCAGUGGGGUUUGCUGAUGGACGGAUGGAACUCCAUGAUCAGAUACUACAAGAACAACUUCUCGGAUGGGUUCAGACAGGACUCCAUUGACCUGUUCUUGGGGAACUAUGCAGUGGAAGAGGCAGAUAUAAACACUCCUCUACAUGAGCCCAAAGACUGGAAGUUCCUCACGCUACCGAUCAUCAUGGUGGUUGCUUUCUCAAUGUGCAUCAUAUGCCUCCUUAUGGCUGGCGACACCUGGACGGAGACUCUGGCGUACGUGCUGUUCUGGGGCUUGGCGAGUGUCGUGACCGGCGGCGUGAUCCUCUUCAACGGCCGGGACUUUGUGGACGCGCCCAAACUGGUGCAGAAGGAGAAGAUGGACUGAACCUGCGUGUGUGGGAAGCAGCUUGGUCCCAUCGAGUCUUCAUCCUCCUCCUCUUCAUCCUCAGUCCUGUCUUACUCUCAGCUUCACCGGGCCUGGAGCCUGUACUGAGGAAGAGGACGAAGGCCUGGGGCCGGACGGGACCGAACGCACGUGCUGCUCUCCACACGAGGAUCGUAUCACCCGGGACCAUCUCACAGAGAUCCCAUAAUUCCAUCUCCAUAAAGGCAGCUUUACAGGCGCAAAACCAAGCACCUUAGACUUGACCAUGAGGUUCUCGGCCCCGUCCUCGUGGUCCACACGUCCCGACGGCGUGUUUUCAUAGGCGGCCGCGUCCAAUCGCACACCGGCUCUCACAAGUCGCAGCUCUCGGACUGUUUGUGUAAAACCAAACGUGUUUAUAUCGCAUCUGCCGUCACAUCAAAAUCAUCGUCUUGUUUUCUAAUAAAGAUACGUGCACAAUAAGAUACAUAAACUUCGCAAUAAGGUUUGAUCUGUUAACAUUAGUUAACUACAAGGAACACUUCUAAAGCAAUUAUUAAUCUUAAUGCUAAUUUCAACAUUUAAAAACAAUUGACAAGAAUUGCUCAGUGUUAGUUCAUGUUGGUUAAUAUAUUAACUUAUAUAAACAAAUAAAACCUAAAGUUUUACAAGAAAUGUUUUUAGGUAAUAACUUCUGGAUGUUAGCAUUGGCUAAUGCAACUAACAAUGAAAAAUUUUAUAGCAUUCAUUUCUGCAUACACAGUUUUUAUUAUACAUAUGCAUUUUUAAUUAACUUGUUAUAAAUAAAACAUUUAAUCUAUAUUGUUUUUGUGAAUUACAUUCUGUACAAAAUUGUUCAUUUUUAGUUUGAUGUGAACAAACCGAACCUUAUUGUAACAAGUUUUUCUCUCAGCAAAUAUAUUUUAUGCUAAAGUAAUUUGUCUUUUCCUGUUUUAAGCAACAACAAAAAUGCUUGAAAUAAGAAAAAAACAUUAUAAAAAUAUAUUUUUGAAAACAAAUCUUAAUAUCUUCAGUUCUGCAUUACAGGGAAUUCUUUGUUUGUUCUGAGAGCGCUUUUUAAUUCAUUUAUUUUUACUAGAAAACAAGACGAGCAGCAUUUUGUAGUGAAUUUGAGACGGAGCCAGGCUUCAGGUGCGGUUAUAUGGACUCGUUUUAUCCUCGCCUUCAAUAUCACAGUCUUCCUCAGUCUGAGAUUCGGGAGCUUUUACGAAUGAACUGUUUAUUAAAGUGAUUCAGCUGAAUGAACUGAUUCUGUUUGUAAUCGAGACUGAUUCAUAUGAAUCUUAACUUGGGAUCGCAGCGUCUCAUUGUCCAAAGGAGCUUACAGCAGGACCGUCCCAUCUCUGAACCGCCGUGCCAUAUCUGUGUUUCUCAUGAGUCUGCGUCUCCUGUGAAGGAUCAACGAUGCCUUAUGUUUGCUGUGCUCUUCAUUCGAUCCCUGUAUUUCCAUUGCGGGAUGUUCUUCUUAUGUCUGGCACCUGCUUGCCGGAGAACGUUAAAAAUGAUGUGUAUUAUUGUUAUUAAAGUUAAUAUCAUGAAGUCAUUUUCGGUCUUAGUUGAAAAGAGUAAUGAUGAACGCUGCAAAACAAAACUGUACUGCUCACUUGAUGUCACUCAAACUAGUUUUAUCUGCAUUGGCUGGAACAUGUUUGCAUGACAUUCCUGGUAGGAGUUUCGAAAUGUGUGUUGCUUUGAUCAAGCUCAUAUUGAAUGGGGAUAACAUGCUCAAAAUGCCACAGCAGAUCAGCCGAAGCGAACCGUGACCCGUGUGUGUCUGCAGGGGUUCGUCCAAUUAACAGCAUUCUCUCCACGUGAACUCGAUGGCCAGUCAAAUUCAAUGUUAUUGCUAGAAAAAAUUCACUUGCAAAUGAUAAAUUCUGUCAUUCAUACGUGUCGUUCCAAACUUGCAUAACUCAGAGACAUUCAGUACAUUCAUGAUGUUUAUAGCAAUAGUUCAUUAAAAACACAUCUGUCAAUCUGCAAAAAUUAUGAUUUUAUAAAUCAUUUAUGUGUCUUUUGAAGUCAUAUGAUGCUUUGUUCGAAAAAAAGACUCUGCUGAAUAAUGUUUUUCUCGGAAAUGUCACAAUUUAAAGGUAUUGCUAAUGCCAUGUCAUGUUGUCUUUAAUCAGCAGGUAUUAAAGGUGUGUGGUAAAG